AGUGUUCAGACAUUAGGCAAGUACUCAAGACGUUUGCCGAGUGUGUUUUCGUCGGUUCCGUCAACAAGAGAAACAUUUCUCUCGAUAAUACCUACAGAUACGAAAUAUAUAGACAGUUCAAGACCAAAGCGACAAACUACAGAAAAGUUUGUACGGUGUGCGGUUAAUAAAGAACAAAAUUCAAAUACUUCUCUUGUCAAUAUUAUAAUUGAUUAAAUAAUAGAACCUAUUAAAUAUCCGAAUAAAUCCAAUUUUAUCUGUGUGGUGAACCAUUUUCCACCAAGUUUGGCCGUGAUAAGUGAAAGUUAAUAUCUUGGCCACGCAAUGUUUCCCAACCAGAACAACGUAGCCGCUUCUGGGCCGGGCCCAGCGGCUGAUGGCCAACAGAGCCUCAAUUACAACGGACUGCCUGCCCAGCAGCAGCAGCAACAACAGCAACAGCAGCAGCAGCAGCAAUUGUCACAGACCACGAAAAAUGUGCGAAAGAAACCGUAUGUGAAGAUCACCGAACAGCCGGCGGGAAAGGCCCUGCGAUUCCGCUACGAAUGCGAGGGUCGCUCGGCAGGUUCCAUUCCCGGCGUGAACUCCACGCAGGAGAACAAGACCUAUCCGACUAUCGAGAUUGUGGGCUACAAGGGACGCGCCGUGGUUGUCGUCUCCUGUGUCACCAAGGAUACGCCAUAUCGUCCUCAUCCUCACAAUCUGGUGGGCAAGGAGGGCUGCAAGAAGGGCGUCUGCACACUGGAGAUCAAUAGUGAGACAAUGCGGGCCGUGUUCAGUAAUUUGGGUAUUCAGUGUGUCAAGAAAAAGGACAUUGAGUCGGCGCUCAAGGCGCGCGAAGAGAUUCGCGUGGAUCCGUUCAAGACUGGCUUCUCGCAUCGUUUCCAGCCCUCGAGCAUUGACUUGAAUUCGGUGCGACUGUGCUUUCAAGUAUUCAUGGAGAGCGAGCAGAAGGGCCGUUUCACAUCGCCCCUGCCACCGGUGGUGUCCGAGCCAAUUUUCGACAAGAAGGCCAUGUCCGACCUGGUCAUCUGCCGGCUGUGCAGCUGCUCGGCCACUGUCCUCGGGAAUACGCAGAUCAUUUUGCUCUGCGAGAAGGUGGCCAAGGAGGACAUCUCCGUGCGAUUCUUUGAGGAGAAGAACGGCCAGAGCGUUUGGGAGGCCUUCGGUGACUUUCAGCACACCGAUGUGCACAAGCAGACUGCCAUUACGUUUAAGACGCCGCGCUAUCACACUCUGGACAUUACAGAGCCCGCCAAGGUCUUCAUCCAACUGCGUCGUCCAUCCGAUGGAGUCACCAGCGAGGCCCUGCCCUUCGAGUACCUGCCAUUGGAUUCAGGUAAACAUACGUUCUGGAACCUUCAUCGGCACCUCAAACGGAAGCCGGACGAAGAUCUCUUUCAGCAGAUCCUCAGGUUGGACGUCAAGCGGGAAACGCAGGCGCCCACGAUUGAGGUCAUCGAUUUGGAUACACCGAAAAUAGGUGUGCAACAUGAGCUACCAUUGAAUGUGAACUUUAAUCAAGAGGAGUCUCAGAAAGAGGAAACCGUUUAUGAACAAGAGCAAUCCCCACAACAAGAACAAUCUUUACAGCAAGAGCAAUAUUUAGAGCAUGAGGAAUCCGUGCAACAACAGGAGCAAUCAUUUCAACUGGAUGAACCUAUGCAGCAGGAGCAAUCCCUGCCAGUACAGCAAUCUUUGGAUCAGACCUCAGAUCAAUUGCCCGAUCACACCUCGGAUCAUAUUCCCGAGGACAUGGAGGCGGCGGAUGCGCAGGCAGAAGCUGAUGCCCACCGCCUGCGAUCGGAGCAGGAAAAGGAGAUCGACACCAUCAUCGAUGAGAAAGUGCGGGAGCUGGAGCAAUUGGAACUGGGCCACCACCUGGAGCCACGUCCCUUGACGGCCAACGAUAAGAUCACCGAGUGGAUGAAGUCCAGCGAGAUCGAACAGCAAGCUCAUGAGCCAAGUCCCACCGCUGAGGCAGAUGUUCUGGACUCGGCCCUUGAAAUUUCCCGGGCAGAUAAGACGCUCGACGAACUGCUGGAGACAGUGGCCGAGCUGGAUGAGAUUUACACGGAUUUCAAAGUGCAGCGUGAUACGUACAAUAAUACGAUUCAAAAUGAGUUGGCCGUAAUUGGCGGACGAGCACCGUUGCAGGUGGAGGACAGCUUCGAUGAUGCUGCCACCUACACCAGCCUGCAGAUUGCCUUCAAGAAUCCCGUUGUCAUACCCAUGGAGGAUAUAAUGCCACCAACGCCGCCCAUGUCGCAAUGCGCUCCCGAAGAUGCCCAUCAGCACUAUGAUCCCGUGGAGGUGAACUCACAGGCCAAAAAGCCAGAGACUAUAUUCCGGCCAGCUCCGCCCGUGCCGCCAGCAAUUCUGACUGUUCCGUUUCCCCCCGAGGAGGAGAAACUGCCGCCCUUGCCGCCGAAGAGGAUUCGCAAGCAGGACAGCAAUGCCGAGAAUCGUUCCAUCGAGGCCAAUACGGUACAGGCCAGGCCAGCCACAGCUGAGUCUCCGCUCAACAAGCGACUUCCUCCGGCUCCGAGUCCCAAGAAUCCGAAUUUCAAUACCCUGCCGCGCCAGAAGAAACCGGGAUUCUUCUCGAAACUCUUCUCACGACGCAAGAGCAAACCGGACUUGGCCCAGGGGCAGGAGAACAGCUCCCUGCUGGCAGAUUCCAAGGCGAAUAGUCGGGAGCCCAGCAUCGGGCACUUUAACAUGCAGGAUCCGAUGCGGGCCUCUCUGCGCUCCUCCAAGUCGGCAGCCCCGUUCAUCUCCAGUCCACCACCACCACAGAUGGCCAAGUCCAGUCCGGUGAAGGCCAAGAAGCCGGGUUCCAAGCUGGGCAAACCUGUGGGCCGGAGUGUGAGCAGUGUUUCCGGAAAGAGACCCGCCUACCUCAAUGCCGAUGUGGUGCACAUACCACUGAAGGGUGACAGUGCCAACAGUUUGCCCCAGCAGCACAGGAACGAGGGCUACUCCCAGUCCAGCACGAUUUCGGUGGGCGCUGGACUGGAUCGACGCACUGCGUCCGCUUUGCAGCUGGCUGAAAUACCAAUUAGCGAGGGCGGAAUGGAACUGGUGGCGAUUGCCGAUCGCCAGAGUCUGCACAAUUUGGUCAGCUCCAUUGAGGGGCACUUCAACGUCCAGCUAGAUCCCAAUUUGGAUUUAACCGAGGCCGAGCACUUUGCCCUGUACACGAGUAUUCCGCCAAAUGCGGCGGCCAGUGAAUUUGAUGAGACCUCCGCCUACUAUGCUCCCGUGGAUGCGGGCGAGAUCCUGACACCCGACGAGGUGGCCCGACGCUUGGCGGCAGCAAAUGGGCUCUAAAUUUUUGGCUUAAACAACAUUGUUAAUAGGCAAAACGAACCGAGGGAAAUACCCCGAACGAAACGCAAAAAACGAAGCAGAUUGGCUGCUAGCCAGAGGGAAAUGGAAAAUGUGUUUCCAUAAACUCUGAUGCCACAAAUUGUCCACUUGUGUGAGGGCAUCUGAAGCGAAUCCUCUUCAGAGCCUUCAAGAAAUUGUAUUUGUUUUAUAUUUGAUAAUUGUGCUAAAAGUAUCCCCGAAUAUUUUGUAAGCGAUACUAGGCAAAAGAGCCGACGAAAGGGCUCGAACCAGAUUUGUUAUUGUCCAGGUUGCCCAUUUAAGGGGGCCCUACCUAACUUAUUGUAUUUAAGCGAAAUCACUCAAUUUUCAGAGUAGAGUAAGAUUUCCCUGCAAACGGAAUCGAAUAUUGUUUAAAUUGAAACCCGAAAAAAACCGAUUAAAUGUACAACA